AUGGCUUCGUGGCUUGCACAGAGCAUCCAAAGACGGCUCUUACUAUACUUCCUUCAGAAGAUAUCACUCUUUUCUCAGGUGAACACAUCGACCCUUGAUGUUUCUCUAGGAUCGAAAUCUGAUUUUACGUUUCAUGAUCUGAAUUUGGAUGUCGAAGGCAUCAGUAUCCCCGACGCAGCAAUCAGAAGCGGAACAAUUGAAAACCUGCACCUCAGACUGACUGUCAGUGGUGGUGUAGAUGUAGAGGGUAAUGGUAUAACGUUUGUGAUAAAACCAAAUGCAUCUUUGACUGCACAAACCGAUUCUCCUACCUUUUCACUGACUAAAACUGUAUUCGAUUUAACGAACUCGGUGAUGCAGAUGACAAAUGAGGACACAAGCUGCGACACUGAGAAUGAUGAAAGCAGUAGUACAGAUGACCUCCAAGGGGAGCGAGUGACGAGCUCUGCUCCUUCGAUGCUAGAAGCAAUGAGAAAUAAAGCCCUGGAUAUUGCCUUAUCCAAAUUAUCCAUCAAAUUACGGAAUAUCACUUUCAGGUUUUUGUUUGCCAAUAACCAUGCUAUAGAAUUUAGAGUUGAAGAGGCCCACUUUGUAACUGCUAAUGACAGCAGAGAAGUGAAAUUGCGCGGUAUUCACUUAACACAUAUUUGGACGACCUCUGAUGUUAAGGACGAGGCUUCACUUUCUGUAAGUGACAGUCUUUCAGAUAGUCUUGUUUAUUCUAAAGCAGAAGCUACCUCGAUUUAUAUGAGUGCCAUUCAAAGUAUAGAGGACAUCAAUCCACAAGACCCUUUCAGAGCAGAAGCGGAAAAGGUCACCGAAAUUCUCAAUAUUGAUGAUGCUUCUGUUUCUUUCAAGGGCCUUAAAUCUAUAGAAGACCUCGGAUUGAGAGAUAUGGUUUUUGAAAUAGGGCAUAUUAAUGUUGAUUUCUCCCAGCUACUCAACUUAGACGACCAGAUCUUAAGAACAAUUUCCGUGAUAGCACUGCAGAAGUCAAACAAAGACAAAUAUCAAAAGCAGGUCAAUACGGCUCAAAAAUUACAAAACUACAAACGCUUCCAACAAGAGCAGGAUAUACAUGAAGAGUUAACUUUAUCAAAGAUUAGAAUCGAUUCUUUGACCUUACGACUCUCCUCAGUGAUGAAAUUGACGCUUUCAAAAAUUGGACUAACUUUGCAUGAUAAUGGAACAACUAAUGUGAUUAUCAAUGAUUUAAAGCUGUUUGAAGGACUUUGCUCAAAAAUCAAGGAGGACAAGGUCACAGAUUUGCCUUUCUUAUUCUUGCUCAUUGACUCAAACAAAAAAGCAGCAUCCGUUUCUAUACAGAAAUUCUUUCAUGUCGACAUCACCGAAACUAUGCUCAAAGACCUAGUAACUUUUGCGUGCUCAUUCAACAAGUGCAUGAAGGUAUGGCGCGAGUCCUCAGACGGUAUGAACACUAGUUCUUCUGAACUUUCGGACUCUCUCACGUUAAAAAUAGAUUGCGAACCACUGAUCGUCGCAUAUACAUUUUCAAAAUACGCUUUGCAGAUCAGAGUCGAUCGCUUUGUUAGCUCCCUCUCAUCCGUACUGUUCAGCACCUCUAGCAUUGUAGUAACUCAAAUCGAGAAAACAUCUACUCACCAUGAGUUAUUCCGUGUUAACGACAUUAAAAUUACUACUCAUACCAACUCUGUGCAAAUCGACACAUUUGAUGAGAAAAUGAAUGAUGUGAUUUUCAGUACCAAAGUUAUUGGAGAAAUAGGACAGAUUACUUUCAAAAUAAAUGAAAAGCAAGUAUCUGCGCUAUCAUUGGAUUUCAUCACGCUAGUAAACAAGUUUUUACCUCUAUUUGACGACAAUGGAGGGUCCAAGUGCUCUCCAGCGAAAACAAAACAGCAUAGGCUGUUGAAGAAAAGUGUCAGAAUAAUGAGCUCAUCUAGCAUCAUCUACAAGCAAGCGAGUGCGGCUAACUUCAUAUUGAGGAUAGGGAAGAUCCGGUUCAAAAUAUUUGGUCUUCUUUGCGAUCAUUUUGGUUCUUUAGAUGGCUCACUAAACCAUUCUAUUUUUCAGAUGAAUGCCGACAAUUCAUUUACUUUUCAUUGCACCGCGGUAGGAGUAGAACGCUUAUCUUCAUCUGGAAUUGAAUCCCUCGUGACCCUGAUUAAUGAAAAGGAUACAAAAAAACCUUGUGUGGUGCUGCACCGGAGGUCAUCCAAAAGAGUUGUUUUGACGCUCAGGAAUUUAGAAGGUUAUUAUUACGCCCGAUGGCUGGAUUUACUUGAUAUGGUCAAGAAGGGCAAUAGCCGAAGUACGAAAGCGACGUCGAAAACCGAAAGUUCGAAUUUAGUGGAGAUAAAGCUUUUUGAUUGCGCCUUAUUGUUACACCCUUAUAGACUGAAUUCCCAGCUGGCAGUAAUAUUGGGUCGUUCUGUGCUUGAAAUUGACACAUCUAAUUUCAAGAUGAAAGGAUCCUUUCGUUCAUGCUCCUUAAUGCUAAUAGAUGAUGUUGGAAACAGUAAAGUUGCGCAAUGCGAGGGAAAAGUUUCUCUUCCCCUUCUCUACAGAAAAUUAGGAUUUGCAGAUAUCGGAAAAGUGGAGACAUUUUCGAUCACUAUUGAAAAGAUCAAGAAGACGUUAAACAUCGACCUUUAUAUCAGCCAUGUGUCGCUCUCACUAUGUGCUGAUUCGACUCAUACAUUACUUCAAACCUGCAUUGAUUUGAAAAUACCAGUUUCAUUUCCCGACGACAAAAAAUAUAGAACGAAGAUUCGUCCCAUCAAUCUUUUUGAGGAUGUUGACAUGGAUUUCUUUACAUCAAAUAAGCUCCAGGUCGAACAAGUUACCGCUGAGGAACCGGCGUUUACAAUUAUUGAUGAUUUUCUCGAUCAUGAUGCAGACCUUCUUACAGAAUAUGAAAACUCGGGUACUAGCUGUGGCAGUAAUUCCAACCUCGAAGGAAGCGAAAAUUUCAAGCCUAGAGAGAAUCAUUUAGACUCUCUGAAAAUGAAAUACUGCCCCUCAGGUCCUUUGGGUGAAGAAGAGGAAACCGACAUUGUAUUCUCGUUGAAUAUUUCUAAAAUUGCACUUAAGUUGUAUGACGGUUUCGACUGGAGUUUCACCAGGAGGUCAAUAUCAGAAAUCAUUGCAAGAAUGGAAACAGAGCUCAGAGCUAAGGAUAUCCACGAUACAGAACAAGUUAAAGCCACUGCUUUUGAUUCAAUAUAUUUCGUGGCGCCAAACGGUGAUUCCGAUGGGGGGGGACUCAAACGCAUGAUAAAUGAAGAAAUACAAAGCGCACCAGGUAUAUCACUACAGAAUACUGUCAAAAAAUUAAAGCUGCGGCCAUCUAAGAACUACAAAGUGUUAGUUGAUGUUACCGACUUGAAAAUGAUAUUUACCGGAUACGGUGUUGACGAGCCCACUGAGCCAGAAUCCGAUCUUUCUGCUGAUAUUUUGAAUAAAAUAUCGAUAUCAAUUGAGAAUAUCGAUGUUAUUGACAACGUCCCAACCUCCACGUGGAACAAGUUUUUGACUCAGUUGAAAGAAGAACCCCGGGCAGAUGCCGCUCCAAUGCUUAAUAUGAAGCUAAAAACAGUGAGACCAAUAGACUUUCUCGCUGCCACAGAACUAAUUUUGAAUGUCAAGCUUCUUCCUUUACGAUUACACGUCGAUCAAGAUACGCUGGACUUUUUAACAAGGUUUGGAGAGUUUAAAGAUGAAAGAUUUGAACUGAUAGAUCAAUACCCCGACUUAAUCUACCUACAGAAGAUCGACAUCAAUGGUGUGAAAAUAAAGCUUGACUAUAAACCGAAGAAGGUUGAUUACGUCGGUCUCAAAUCCGGCCAUACAAGUGAAUUCAUGAAUUUUUUUAUUCUUGACGGAUCAAAAAUGAAAUUGAAGCAUGUGGUGCUAUAUGGAGUCAAUGGUUUUCCAGAGCUUAGCAAAUCGUUAAACAGCAUCUGGAUGCCUGACAUCACAGGAACACAACUAGCUAGCGUAUUAAGUGGAGUAGCACCAAUGAAGUCCAUCGUAACACUGGGCUCCGGCGUAAAGGCCCUAGUUACUUAUCCAAUAAAAGAAUAUAAGAAAGAUCAAACCAUUACUCGAGGCGUUCAAAAGGGAACCCAAGUUUUCAUGAAAAUUACCACUGGCGAAUUUGUCCGCUUGGGUGUAAAGUUAGCUUCGGGAACACAAGCUGUCCUAGAGAAUACAGAGGAGCUGUUCGGAGGAAAAGGCUCUCAAGCAAGGAAUUUUAAAAUUACCGAUCUUGAGGUUGAUUUAGUGCCAGAAGCAAUGUUUCGCAAAUAUGAAAAGCUUGUUGGAGGGACUAAUCCUCUGAAGAAUAAAGAAGAGCCCGAUGCGAUGAUUGUUGAGCUAUCAGAGGAGGAUAGUGGAAACCCCAAAAUCAUAAGCCUUUACGCUGACCAACCUGCAACGGUUCAUAAUGGCCUGAAGCAAGCUCGCUCAUCAUUGGAAAAGAACGUAUACAUUGCUUAUGACGCGCUGAAAAAGGCGCAAAAUGAAAUCAGAGAAAGCGAGAGUGCCCAUGAUACUGCAAUAUCUUUAGCGCGUGCGGUGCCUGUUGCAAUUUUACGACCGCUAAUCGGGGCUUCUGAGGCCCUUUCAAAAGCAUUACAGGGUAUUUCGAACGAAAUCGAUGAAGAACAAGCAGUAUACUUGCAGGACAAGUACAAGUCAACGAGUUCUUCAAAAUAA